AUGGUGGCGACGACAGAGGAAAAAUCCAAACCCACUGCUGGAAACAAGGUAUCCAAACCACUAAUGGAAAAGAAGCGCAGAGCUCGCAUCAACCAGUGUUUGGACCAGUUAAAAUCGCUCCUGGAGAACUACUACAGUAGCAGUAUUCGAAAACGCAAACUGGAAAAGGCAGACAUCUUGGAACUCACUGUGAAACAUCUUAGGAAUCUCCAAAAGAUCCAGAGCUUCACUGCCGCUGCUUCAGAGCUCUCUGAUUACCACUCUGGCUUCCGCACUUGCCUGGCAAACGUGAACCAAUACCUGCUGAUGGCUGAUACCUUGAACGGGAGCGACCGCUGGAUGUUAACGCAGCUUUCCAACAAACUGUGCCGCUCUCGGAGAGGAGGAGACGUCUCCAGCACCUUGGACAGCGGCCUGGAACAAGCUGAGUCACAGGAUGAGGCGCGGAAACUUCUCCCAUCUGCAGCUGGACCUGAGGAAGAAAAAACGGUCAAAUCUAAAGCUCUGAAACGACACAGUGCAAACUCGCCUCCUUUUCUACCGAGUGAAGACGCACGACAGUCAUCUGGAGCCAAACACGCUGUUCUUUUGGCGGCGCCUCCACACAACAAUAGCGACAAAAGUUCCAGUCACAAAAAGUUUCACUCUGUCAGCCACAGAAAUGAAGCUGCAAACACUCAGCACAGUGUGUGGCGGCCUUGGUAG